AUGUUUACAUCACUGAGGAUAAAGUUAAUACGAAGUGAUAACAACUGCUUUAUUUAUUUCGUGAUUAUCGGUAUUCACUGUGAUGCAGAAUAUGAAAAACUUGAAAAAAUCGGGGAAGGUACAUAUGGAACUGUGUUUAAAGCCAAGAAUAAAGAAACUCAUGAGAUUGUAGCACUAAAAAGAGUUCGUUUGGAUGAUGAUGAUGAGGGUGUACCCAGCUCGGCAUUACGAGAGAUCUGUCUACUGAAAGAAUUAAAACACAAGAACAUUGUCAGGCAAGUUAAUGUGAUAAUUUGUGUCUCAAUACUGAGAAGCACAUUUUUUACCAAAUACAACCUAUACAAGUAAAUCAUACUUGUUGGCCAUA